UGACAUUGACAAUUGACAACUGACACGAACUGACUACUUUUUACUCGCGAUCGCGAUGUUUAUUUUUGUGUAAGCCGAUAACAUGGAUAUCGCAGUAACUCUAUCAAGGUCAAUUUAUUAGAUUAUACUCUUUACAAUAAGAUUAAUUUCGUGGUACCAUACACUGAUACACGAAGAGUAGAAGGAUUUUUCUUGUCGUUAUGUCUCUCAGAAAAUUAACACUUAGAUCACUGCGACUAAGCAACAAAUUAUCUUAUCUGCCAGCUUUAUCAAAUCACUACAAUUAUAAAAAAUAUAAGGGCUUUGAUGAGAAGUAUAGCAAUUUUAAUCGUAAUGUAGGAGCUGCUAUAUUUGCAUCUGUUAUAGUGGGUUCCACUUCUGAUGUUAGUAAAGAAAAAUUAAACACAAACAAACAAGAACAGACUGAGCCAAGUAAAAUAAUAGAGGCCGGAGAGAAGAAGCCCAAUCUACCCACAUAUAGAGCUGAGGAGAUCAGCAAACAUAAUACAAAAAAUAGUUUCUGGGUGACAUACAGACAUGGUGUGUAUGACGUCACAUCAUUCCUGCCAUCCCACCCCGGAGGAGAACAAAUCUACAAUGCAGCCGGACUGAGCAUCGAGCCCUUCUGGAAUGUGUAUGGAAUGCACAAAACACAAGAAGUAUUUGAGUUGCUCGAAUCAUAUAGAAUAGGGAACCUGCACGAUGACGACAUAGUGGAUCACAGCGAUGACGAGUUGUGGGCCAUGGAGCCCUAUCGCGACCCGCGCCUCAUUGUCAAAACCGCUAAGCCAUUCAACGCAGAAAUACCACCAGAGUACCAGAUUGCACACUUCGACACUCCCAACGAGUUGUUUUACGUGCGGCAGCACAUGCCUGUUCCAGAGCUGGAGGCGGCGACGCACCGCGUGCGCGUGGCGGUGCAGGCCACGGGCGCCGUGCGCGAGCUCAGCCUGGCGCAGCUGCGCCGCCUGCCCGCCGCCAGCCUGCGCGCCGCGCUCAUGUGCGCCGGCAACCGCCGCAGCGAGAUGGACAAGCAGGUGAAACCAGUCAAAGGCAUCAGUUGGGCAGGCGGAGCCAUAAGCAACGCCGUGUGGAGCGGAGUGUACCUGCGCGACGUGCUGCUGAGCUGCGGCGUGGACCCUGAAGACACGGAGGGCAAGCACGUCAUCCUGACGGGCGCGGACAUAGACGCGACGGGGCAGAACUUCAGCACGUCCAUCCCGCUGCACGUGGCGCUGGACGCGCGCGCGCGCGUGCUGCUCGCCACGCACAUGAACGGCGCGCCGCUGCCGCACGACCACGGCCGCCCGCUGCGCGUCAUCGUGCCCGGCGCGCCCGCCGUGCGCAGCGUCAAGUGGCUCGAAUGCAUAACGGUGUCCUCGGAGGAGAGCGACUCGCACUGGCACAAGAAGGACUACCGCGCCUUCAACCCCUCCACGACGUGGGAGAGCGCGGACUUCGAGCGCGCGCCGCCCGUCUACAGCCUGCCCGUCACCUCCGCCAUCUGCCGCCCGCGCCACGGCGACACCGUGCCCGUGCGCGACGGACACGUCCACCUCGAGGGCUACGCGUACUCGGGCGGCGGCGCGCGCGUGGUGCGCGUGGACGUGAGCGCGGACGGCGGCCGCAGCUGGGCGGAGGCGCGCCUGCAGCAGGACGCGGCGCCGCACGGACACCACUACGCCUGGACGCUGUGGAGCGCGCGCCUGCCCGUCGCCGCGCACGCCACUCAGACCGAGCUGUGGGUGAAGGCGACGGACGGCAACUUCAACACGCAGCCGGAGAACUUCGAGCACAUCUGGAACAUCCGCGGCAUCCUCGCCAACGCCUACCACCGCAUCACCGUGCGCCUCGCUCACUGACACGCCCUCGGCCGGAGCAUGCCAUGACGUCUCGACAUGAUGAAUAUAUAAUUUUUAUUUUUGAUAAUCUUUUUUCACUUUAUUUUCUUUCUGUUAUUAAGCUGACUCUUAUGUCAAUAUUAAAUACUUGAACAAAAGAAACAAAAAAAAAAUUAAAAUACUCUACAUUGUUUUAAAUACUGAAUAUAUCUAGUCUUUUGUUUAGUUAUAAAAUCAACUAAAUGUAUCUUAUUAAGAAACCUGAACGUUAUAUUUUUUGAUGUAAUUUUUUCGUUUGUU